CUCGUCUACUGCCCCUGCUGGGAUCCCUGGAACUUGGGACCACGGAAACUAAUCGAGACCCCUCGGCCACCAAGAAAGACCUCCCCAGUGAAAUCCAAGCUAACUCCUCCUCCUCCGGCUUCAAAAAAACAAAAUUAUGCCCAACUGAUAACAAAAUCUGUUAUUGCCCCAAAGUAUGUCAGAGAAAUGCCAGAACCCGAUGGGAUUCCUCCCAGACCUCAGCUCCUACAAGCCCAGGAAAUAAUAAACGUGUCACCUGGCUACUGCUUCGUUCGGAAUAGGGAGCAGAUUUGCGUCACCUUGGGAGACGAGAUGUCUGCUAGGAAAAAGCAUUCAGAAUCAGAGAACAUGGACAAAGUCAGGACUUCCAGGACUGCUAUCAUUACUGACCUCGAAGAACAGAUCUCAGAGCUGACAGCGACAAUAGAGCAAAUGAACAGAGCCCAUCGUUCUGCCCAAAAACUGCUCGCCAAUGAAAUGGAUCUCCGCUGUGCUGAGACGCAGAAGAACUUUGAAAGCAAGAGGAGAGAACUCGAGGAGACUCACGCAGCACAGCUCAGUGAGCUGGAGAAAAACUACAAAGCAGCCUUGAAGGCAGAGAAGUUGGCUGCUCAGGUUAAACUAGAGGAUAUGGGAAAGGAAUAUAAGUAUCUGAAGAAUCUGUUUCAUAUAUAUCAGGACAGCAUUUAUGAUGGAAUGGAGAAGUGGUCAGAGAAGAAGGCAGAAUGGGAGAAGGAGUGGGAAAAGAUCCUGUUACAGCAAAGAGGUAGCAUGAAGACCCUGGAGUCAAGGCUGGGAAAUGGGGUGUGGAGCUGCUCCUGUCUGAGUCUUUACCUGGAAUCUUGGUGUAGCAUAGCCCACGUCAUCACCCGGACUCCCAGCUACUCGUACUACGCUCAUCCCAUGUUGCCAGAGUCUAUGCUAAGAUGCUACGAGCAGUUUUGGAAGACCGGAAUUUAG